AGGGGAAGUGGGGAAGGUGAAGGGAAGGCAGAAGGACAGGGGCAAGGGCCCUGGGAACAGACGGGCCUCCCAGCUCAAGACAUCCACCUUGCCUCUACCUUUCUCCCUCCCCUCCCCAGCCCCUGGCUGCCUGACCUGGCCAGCUUUCCUCUGGAUUCCAGCCUCUGGGCAUCGGUUCCUCCCCUCUCCCUCCAGGUCUCUGUCCCUGUCCCUCUUCUCGUAGGUUCCUUUCCUCCACCCUCCACCUUGCAGAACCUCUCUUUUGUCAGGCUGUCUCUCCCUCCUUCUUGACCUCUUCCCUUUGGAGGGCUCCUCCCGGCCCAGACCUAAGGGGAGAUGGGGGAAGCCCAGUUCCUGGUCUUGGUGCUUCUGCCCUUGCUGUGGGUGGCUCCAGUGGAGGCACCAGGGCCCCGGACCUCUGUCCGAGAGGUGUGGGCCCAGGAGGGGGCUCCUGCCCAGCUCCCCUGCAGCCCCACAAUCCCCCUCCAGGAUCUCAGCCUUCGAAUAGGAGCGGUUACCUGGCAGCAUCUACCAGACAGCCCGCCCCCAGCCCGGAGAGGCAGGAAGGGCUGGGCCGAGGCUGCGCUUCUAAGGAUGCGCCCUGGGCCCUGCCGGCGAGCCCCCAGAAGGGCAGCGGAAGAGGGUGGGGAACCAGAUCGCGAAGUGGAAGUGACCGCCAGUCCCCAAGGGCCUCUCAGGACCUCGGAUUGGGUCGUCCUGAACUGCUCCUUCAGCCGCCCUGACUUCCCGGCCUCUGUGCAGUGGUUCCGGGGCCCAGGCAGAGUCCCUGUUCAGAAGUCUCCCCAUCACCACUUAGAUGGGAGCUUCCUCUUCCUGCCCAAAGUCAGCCCCGUAGACUCUGGGCUCUGGGGCUGCAUCCUCACCUACAGAGAUGGCUUCAGUGUCUCCAGCGCCUACAACCUCACUGUUCUGGAUCCGGAGCCUCCAGUCCCUCAGACAGUGUAUGCAGGAGCAGGUUCCCGGGUGGAGCUGCCCUGCCCCCUGCCUCCUGGUGUAGGCACUGGGUCUUUUCUCACUGCCAAGUGGGCCCCUCCUGGGGGAGGCCCUGACCUGCUGGUGACUGGAGACAAUGGCAACUUUACCCUUCAACUGGAGGCUGUGAGCCAGGCCCAGGCUGGGACCUACACCUGCCGCAUCCAUCUGCAGGGGCAGCAGCUCAUUACCACCGUCACUUUGGCAGUCAUCACAGUGACUCCCAAAUCCUCCGGGUUACCUGGCAACCGGAGAAAACUUCUUUGUGAGGUGACGCCGGCAUCUGGACAGGAGCGCUUUGUGUGGCGCCCCCGGGACAAGUCUUCGAGGAGUUCCCCAGGACCCUUGCUGGAGGUGCAGGAGGCCAGCCUCCUGUCCCAGCCCUGGCAGUGCCAUCUGUACCGAGGGGAGAGGCUUCUCGGAACAGCGGUCUACUUCACGGAGCUGCCUGGCUCAGGUGCCCAGCGCUCCGAGAGAGCCCCAGGAGCCCUGAAGACAGGCCACCUCCCUCUCCUUAUCGCCCUCGGUGUCCUCCUCCUGCUCCUUUUGGCGGCUGGAGCCUUUGGCUUUCACCUUUGGAGAAGACCGUGGCGGCCAAGAAGAUUCUCUGCUUUAGAGCAUGGGAUCCACCCACCUCAGGCUCAGAGCAAGAUAGGGGAUCUGGAGCAAGAACCAGAGCCGGAGCUGGAGCCACAGCCACAGCCACAGCCACAGCCACAGCAGCCCUGACCUGGAGCUGGGCAGCCAGUGGAUCUCCGCAGCUCAGUACAAAUAAACUCCCAUCAGCAGCAA